GGCUUCCUCUUCCGGUGCUGGGGCUGCAGAAACCCGAAGUGUGGCGCUUUGGCCGCUGGGCCGGGGCUGAUCCUCUCCUUCACCUUCAGGAGCCCUAACCGACCCAGGUCGGCAAGCCAGACGGGCAGUAAAAUAUGAACAGGAGAGUGGAUUACUUGGUUACGGAGGAAGAGAUCAAUCUUACUAGAGGACCCUCAGGGCUGGGCUUCAACAUCGUCGGUGGGACGGAUCAGCAGUAUGUCUCCAAGGACAGUGGCAUCUUCGUCAGCCGCAUCAAAGAAAAUGGUGCUGCAGCCCUGGAUGGGCGGCUCCAGGAGGGUGAUAAGAUCCUCUCGGUAAAUGGCCAAGACCUCAAGAACCUGCUGCACCAGGAUGCUGUAGACCUCUUUCGUAAUGCAGGCUAUGCUGUGUCCCUGAGAGUGCAGCACAGGAUACAGGUGCAGAAUGGGCCUCUAGGACAUCGAAGUGAAGGGGAGUCAAAUGCUAUUCCCGCAGCUGUGGUGCUGGUGUCAGUGUUUGCCCUCACCGUGGUAGCAGCCUGGGCCUUCAUGAGAUACCGGCAACAACUUUGAAAAGCUUGCUUUCUUCCAGUGCUCCCAAGAAAGAAGAUAGAUUUCUCUCUUUCUCUCACCCUCCUCCCCUGCCAUUCUCCCAUGACUUUCCCUCUCUCUACAUAGCCAGCACGCGGUUUAUUUAAAGAGACUGCUACCCAACCGCAACUUUGCUAUUCCAAAUCUCUAAAUCCACGUGUUCUGGUGGGAGAGUAAAGGCAUUGUUGGAAGGAAGGCUGAAGACUUGCUUAGAACGAAUGAAGAUUUAUAUAUUUUACUAGGACCGCCGAUUGAAGUUCAGCUACAACCCCGAAAGGGAGAGAUCCAGUCUUCCCAUCACCGCAGUCGAUUCCUUUUUUCUUAGCUGGCAUGCCUCCAGGGCCAGCUGUAAUAGAGGAAGAGGGGAUUUUUUCUUUUUAGUGAUUUUCCUUGGGAAGUUUUUGUGGCCUUUAUUUAAUUUCUAAUUACCUAUUUGGGUGCCUACUUUGUUUCAGACAAAAACAAAUGAGAAGAGCAUUUCUACUUCUUUUAAAAAGCAAAAAAA